AUGAGAUUAGCAAAAGAGCGUUCACGUGAGCGUGAAAUGGAUAGCGAAUUGAAUAAAUUGUCUUUGCCCGGUUUGCCGCCACUGCCAAAAAGUCUGAGCACAGCAGCUGCAGGCGUUUCGUCGACAGCCUCAUCAGCAACGCACUCGAAUACUGCAUCGCCGCUAAACCACCAUCACCAUGCAUUACACGGUGUUGAAAGUGUUGAGCUCUUUUUGGGGCCCUCAACUUCGGCGGCAGCUACACGUAACCACUACCGGCACGGCAGCUUGUCAUCGACGCAGGAGUCGUUAAGCGAUCGCGAAAGUCUGCACAGUCGUGCCUCUUCAUCGCACAGCAGCCAUCAUACGCCUACAAACACACAUACCGAUAACGGCGGCACAUCACUUUCAACUGGUUUAGGCAGCGGCAGCGGAAGUAGCAGUACGAGCACACUAGACACCCAACUAGCCAUACUGCGGCGUGAAAUGUAUGGUCUGCGACAGUUAGAUCUUUCACUACUCUCACAAUUGUGGGCACUAAAUGAAUCGAUUCAGGGAUUUCGUGUAUUCUUACAAGAACAGGAGGCGCUUUCACCGCCAUCACCCUCACCCACGCCAUCAGACACGAAUUCGCUUACAUCCGAGGCCGAAGAGGAAUCAUACUCUGCGCAGCCUAUAAAACUUGCACAUCCCAUUGUUGUGCCAGCAGCACUACCACCUGGUGGCUCGAUUACGUCGCACGCUUCAACGAGUUCUGCAUCCGGUACUUCCGGCUCCUCAUCGGCUACCUCCUCGAUGGGCAAACACGGCGGCGGCGGCAUGCCAUUGCCGCCUGCACCACAAAAAACACAUCCUCAGCUGCCACGCAUAUUGCAGCAGCGCAUGCGGCGGGCACCACCACCACCGCCACCAACAACGCGACCCAAACUGGGUAAGGACAACAUGUCGGCGGCGAGCAAUGCUGCUGUGGUAGCAGCAACGACAACACCUGUGCCGCAAAGACCUCUAUGACAAAACCCAUUCUUGGACUAAACACACACAUAUACCCACCAAAGAUAACGGCGUAUAUCUUGGAAGUGUGCGAUGCUUGGUCCAAGAAUGUAGCGAACACAACUUGUAUUUGAUAGAAAUGAGCGGAAACGCGCUCAUAAGACAACGCGUUUUGGAGCGGAGUAUAGCGCAACGGCGCCUGUUAAGCGUCUACAUGGAAGUAGUCGUGGGGUAAUCGAAGAGGCGAAUGUUGUCAAUUAUGUAUUGCAAUUGUAAUGCGAUUGAAGAAGAAGCACGUCAAGUAGAACUUAGUUGAGGUUGGAGCGCAAUUAUGAAUAAAUAAUCAAAACAUAUUCAGAGGAUUUACGACUUGCCAUUUUGGAAGUGUAUUUAGCAAGCAUGCAAACGGUAGUCAGCAUGCCCAAUAAAAUUGGAACAUUUUUGGCUUUUAAGUUUACUGAUUGUGGCGCGGCAUAUUUAGUGCGUUCCAAGCGAUUGUAUGUAGUUUGUAAGCGCGUAAGUUAAUCAAAAAACAGAAAACAAAAACACAAAUAAAUAACAAGUGACAGAUCAGUGUCGUACUGUACACAUACUUUCGAAUAUUGCUGUUAAAGGAUUGAACUUACAUAUGAAACGAAUUGAAUAUCAAACUUUUUAGAUAUACGAAAAUUAUUUGUUAAUACAUACAUACUAUUUAUAAAUAAAAGUUUGACAAGUUUUUUCCACUAUAUACAGACAUAUGUACACUCACAUGCACACCAACGACGUGAACAUAAAGAUAUUUGUAACAACCUACACAUUGCAUCCUACAUAUAACUUUACUGCAUUUACAUACUUAAAAACAAAAACAAAAAAAUUAUGUUUAAAAAAGUGUUCGAUUACGUUUUUAAGCUUACACAUUUUGGUGUCUCUUGGCAGCCACACUUUGUGUUGCUAGUCAUAUUUGCUAGCAACCGCGAUGAAGACAUUAAGUACACAACCUUAGCUGAUUUUAGUCCAAUACAUAAAUACAUACACACAUACAUGCAUGCAUAUACCUAAAGCGAAGUAGCACUAGACGUUCAAUUCACAUUCAGAACUUGCAAUCAAUUAUUAAUUACAUACAUACAAACAUAAAUAACGAAUAACUGAGCAUCAUAAUUACAUAUAUUGCGAAUUACAUCGAUCUAAAUAUAUAAAUUAAUUAAUAAAGCAUAACUUCAACAAACAAACAAAAACAAA